UGACACUUUUUGUAGUGAAGCGGUUGGACGGAGCAGGCAUCUGUUGUCGAAUGAUAGUCAAUUCAAUGUAAUACAACAUUGUUUCCAGAAAGCGUAGCGCAGACAGACAGAAAUAUCAUUCUAAUUAAUAAACAGAAUCAAACCAAUCAAAGAAUGGCUUGUCACCGCGCCUGAGCGAAACAAUACUCAUGAAAAGCAUGCUUCACUGAGCUCGGUUUCGAAGCACGAGUUGAUGAAUCCGCUUCCCCGAUAUAUCCUAUUUCUGAAUACGAGCCUACCGUCUGGCUCUCGCUAUCGUGUCUGAUUGCGAGGUGGAUUCGCAAUUCCGAGCAGCUUUUAAAACAAAUAAUUCAGACCGCAGCCAGACUUUGCCAGAGGCGAGAUACAGCAGCUCACAGCACAGCAGGCAAGGUUCGGUCCGACCAGCAUAGAAGAGAAAGGAGGGUUGAGAGAAAGCGAUAGGCGCGUUCACACUGGGAUAACAGCUGGACUGGAUAUGCAAAUGAACUGCCAGGAAUGACGGCACGGAGCACCCAGGAGCCUUCUCAUGUAUCUGAUCGAUAGGGGAUAUUAGGGCCAGCUGGCCAGAGCGGGCACAGUUAUAAACAACUCGAUGACGGCGUGGCUCACUCUGAGCAAGUUGAGAAACAGUGUGCAUCACAGACUGUCGAAACCAAGCGCCCACCGCGACGUUAAACAUAUUCAGCUGUCAAAUAGGCUACAAGUCUACUUUCGCAACAACAUGUCACUGUUUUGCCAGGACAGCGGUGUUUGAAUGACUCGGACAGGGAGGACAUACGUUGGCAGCCCUAAGGUUUUCGACAUGCCAGAGAAUGUUUCGUUCUCCAGGAACCGCACGGUUCUGGACGCGCGGCCGGGGACGCGUCCCGCGUGGGCUAUCACGGUACUGGCCAGCGUGCUGAUCUUCACCACGGUGGUGGAUGUCUUGGGCAACUUGCUGGUUAUUAUUUCAGUGCUUAGGAACCGGAAACUUAGAAAUGCGGGGAACGUGUUUCUGGUGAGCCUGGCUUUUGCUGACCUGGUGGUGGCCUUCUACCCCUACCCCCUGGUGCUCUACGCCAUCUUCCAUGACGGCUGGUCGCUGGGAGAGACACAGUGCAAAGUCAGUGGUUUCCUGAUGGGCCUGAGCGUCAUCGGCUCCAUCUUCAACAUCACCGGCAUCGCCAUCAACCGCUACUGCUACAUCUGUCACAGCUUUGCUUAUGAUAAGCUCUACAGCUAUCGCAACACCCUCCUACUGGUGGGGCUCAUCUGGCUCCUCACCAUCCUGGCCAUCAUACCAAACUUUUUUGUAGGGUCACUCCAGUACGACCCCAGGGUAUAUUCGUGUACCUUUGCUCAGGCCGUCAGUACAUCGUACACCAUCACUGUGGUGGUGAUUCAUUUCUUCGUGCCCAUCGCCGUGGUUACCUUCUGCUACCUGAGGAUCUGGAUCCUGGUCAUCCAGGUGAGGAGGAAGGUGAAGUCAGAGGUGAAGCCCCGCCUCAAACCCAGCGACAUGCGCAACUUCAUCACCAUGUUUGUGGUGUUCGUGCUCUUCGCCAUCUGCUGGGCGCCGCUCAACUUCAUUGGGCUGGCCGUGGCCAUCGACCCGGAGACGGUGGCGCCACGGAUCCCCGAGUGGCUGUUCGUGGUCAGCUACUUCAUGGCGUACUUCAACAGUUGCCUUAACGCCAUCAUCUACGGCCUGCUCAACCAGAACUUCCGUAAGGAAUACAAACGGAUUAUAAUGGCCAUGUGGAUGCCUGGUCUGUUCUUCCAGGAGGCGUCACAGGGGGGUACAGAGGGUAUGAGGAGCAAGCACUCGCCCAGACUGGGACUCAACAACAACGAUCACAUCAAAGGAGAGGCUUUGUGACGUUGACGCCAAGGUUCUCCACUCCUUUCCCAUGUGUUCUGUUUAUUUUGUCAGUCGUGGAGUGCCAUUUCUCUAUUAUAUCUCACUGACUGCACAGUUGUGCUGUUACCAAAGCCUCAAUGAACUCUCGGAAUGGUGCGGAUUAAAGAGAGAGAGCGAGACAUACACAAGAAAAGAGAGAAAGAGAGAGGAGGUGUUGACUAAUGAUAACUGACUCUGUUAUUCACAAUUCAAAGAGUGCCAUUCAUGAAGCAUACAGUAUACACUACAUGACCAAAAGUAUGUGGACACCUGCUCAUCAAACAUCUCAUUCCAAAAUCAUGAGCAUUAAUAGAGAGUUGGUCUCACCUUUGCUGCUAUAACAGCCUCCACUCUGAUGGGAAAGCUUUCCACUAGAUGUUGGAACAUUGCUGCGGUGACUUGCUUCCAUUCAACAACAAGAGCAUUAGUGAGGUUGGGCACUGAUGUUGGGCGAUUAGGCCUGGUUCACAGUCGGCGUUCCAAUUCAUCCUAAAAAUAUUUGAUGGGGUUGAAGUGAAAAACAGUCCCAGAUCAUUAUUGUUCCUCCACCAAAGUUUACAGUUGGCACUAUGCAUUGGAGCAGGUAGUGUUCUCCUGACAUCUACCAAACCCAGACUCCUCCGUUGGACUGCCAGAUGGUGAAGAGUAAUUCAUCACUCCAGAGAACACGUUUCCACUGCUCCAAUGUCGGCGAGCUUUACACCACUCCAGCCGGGGCUUGGCAUUACGGAUGGUAAUCUUAUGCUUGUGUGCGGCUGCUUGGCCAUGGAGGAACAGUUCUAGUGCUGGCGUUGCUUCCAGAGGCAGUUUGGAACUGGGUAGUGAGUGUUGCAACCGAGGACAGGCGAUUUUUCCACACUACGCGCUUCAGCACUCGGUAGUCCCAUUCUGUGAGCUUGCCUAUCACUUUGCGGCUGAGCCAUUGUUGCUCCUAGAUGUUUUCACUAAAACCGCACUAACAGUUGACUGGGGAAGCUCAAGCAGGGCAGAAAUUUGACUUGUUGGAAAGUUUGUCAUCCUAUGACGGUGCCACGUUUAAAGUCACUUAGCUCUUCAGUAAAGCCAUUCUACUGCCAAUGUUUGUCUAUGGAGAUUCGCAUUGCUGUGUGUUCGAUUUUAUUCGACUGUCAGCAACGGGUGUGGCUGAAAUAGCCGAAUCCACUGAUUUGAAGGGGUGUCCACAUACUUUUGUACAUAUAAUGUAUGUUCUAACUUAUUAUGUAUCAUACUCUUAUGUACACCUCAGGCUGUCUGCCUGUUCUCUGCUGCUGUAACAAUAUGCAUUUUAAAGUGGAAGCACCAAAAUUAUAAUUACAUUUUUUUUACACCAUUACAUCCAUUGCAUUUUUAUAUAGGACAGUGUAUUUAAAGACACGCAUUACCUUCACAGUUUCCUCUGUAAGAAAGUUAUUUAUCACACUUUUUUUUACAUUUUCUAUAUCUAUAUAUUGUUAUCAUUAUGACAAUCAUUAUGACCAGCGUACAUUAGCGUAGAUCACAAUUUGUAAAAAUCCUUUUGGUUGUAAAUAACAAAUAAGUGAUGGAUCAUGCCAACGUUAGGAGCUCACAAGGUCCUACUACUAACUAGGCAAUUGGAUUGUCAAAAGGUGCCUGAUUUUAUGCUCAUUAUCUCAAACAGGAGAUUUGCCAAAAACAACCCCUUUACGAUUUAACCCAGUUAGUAUGGGUUAACUCAUUAGGGUUACAGUCAGCAUAUAGCAUUAGGCUUAGAGUUACACAAGGAUAUAAGACUGAGUAGUCAACUACAUUAGAUACAUCAGCAGAUUUUGUAAUAUCUGUUGACACAGGAAUGGGGCGCUAUGAUACCCCACGGCAGAGUGUCCUGAAAAACCCUUGCUGGUACAUUAUAAGCACAACGAAACUGUUUUAACUCGGAUGACAUUGUACUUAUGCUGUUUACAGGUUUAAACUGAACUCUUAGUAAUGCAUGAAGACUUAUUCUAUGCAUUUUACACUUCAUGUCAUUACCUUAAAACACUACAGAAAACCAACUUACUCAAUACCAGGGGCGCAACUUUCACUGGGGACGGGGGGGACAUGACCUCCUAAAUUCUGAAAUUGCAUUUUUGUCCCCCCCAGUUUUAUCAUUCCACUGUGAUAAUAAAUGCUGCACAGGUUUGCUUUAGGAACAUGCGGAUGCCUCAGAGUUGUCGGUUAAGCAGUUUUCUGGUUUUCACUCAGCUGGAUUUAGGACCGCACAGACACCACAGAGUGUGCGGACAGGCUGUGUGAACAGAGGCAGCUGCUGUCUGUGUUGUGUUUUUUCUCAGAGUUGUAAAAGCAAACAGAGCAAAAACUGGCUACUCUUUAGUUGACUGAUCUAGCUGGCAAGGUAACUGCUGUUUGACAGAAAACAAGUAUUUACUCCCAGUGCUGAGCUAGUAGUGUAACUGACAUGUUACUUUAGCUAAUGUUUCAUCCUAUCUCGACUGAAGUGAAUGAACCACUAGCAGCUAGUUAGCUAGCUGGUAACUACCACAGCCAGUUCAGCUCUAGUUAGCUAUCUGUCAGGUAGCAGUUUCUAACAGCUGUUGUGUGUAUGGAAAUGUUUUGUAGCCUUUGUUUUUUCCCCGUUUCAACAGAAGUACAUUUGAUAAUGUACCAUUGUACCAUUAGCUAGAGCUAGAGCUAGCCAAAAGGUGGCUAACAUCAGCUAGCUAGCUAGCUCACAAUCAUUCACACCAUACCUGAAUCAAACGAUGAAACCAGCGGCCAAACGACUGAAGACUAGGGCUGUCCAUGACCCCAAAAAAUCCUGUCAUCCUGUUCUUUCGCCAAUCGAUUGGUCAAAAUGUUCAAACUUAUUUUUACAUAUAUAGACACACACCCUAUGUUUGAAUAAAACCAAUUACGUAUGCACUGAGCUUGUCUGAAUCUUUAAGCAGACUGUUUGAUUAAAUAAUUAAGACACACAUCUGACUCAAGAAAGAGCUUGAUGGUCACACUGUUUAAAAAGAUGACAGCGAGUGUCUGUGUGACUGGUGCACGUUGUCUUGCUCUUCUCCCUACUGCAGCGAAAAGGCACCAAAGCACAGCAAGUGUUUAUUGCACUGUCCAUGCUGAAGCUGAAACAUAAUUUCAUCCAUUUAGUUUCUUACUUGUUUCUGACUGGAAAGAUCUGUUACCAAAGUCCCUAAUUUGUUUAGGAAAAACAUUCUCUAUUCCCUCAACCCAUGUUCUAUUUAUGUGAAACGUGUACGCAUCGAAUGCAUCUGACCAAUAGGGUUAUAUAUUGGUUAUAACAAACGCCAAACACAGUAACACGUGACAGCAAAAUGGAUGUGGAGGACGUGAAAAAGAAACUGGAAACGUGUGAAUGUUUACUAGUUGCUUAGGAAGGAAAGGAGAAAUCUGACCUGUUUAAGAUAUUUGACUUAGUUGUGGAAACUACUGGAGAUAAAAGUAAAAGAGGGUGUAGUAUUAUGUGUGCCAAACUGUUGCUGUUAGAUUCGAAUAUAACACUUUUUCCUGACAACUUGGAACAGUGUAAACAGUGAUUAAGUGUACUAGUCUGUUCUAACAAAGAAAAAAAAAAGUAUAUAUAGCCUUUAUUACAGCAGUCUCAAACCAUUUGCAUGCAUUCGUGAAUUGCGGUUUAUUUAUUGUUCAGGCUAAUUAUUGAAAGCUUCCUUUGUUAUUGAAUUUAAUAACUAAAACGCUUGAUUGCAUUUCAAAGCAUGAAUGUCUCAUAUACUGUGUGAUGGCAUGAAGGAAUGAACGAUUGAUUGAUACAGUAGCCUAUAUAUUGAAAUAUAGGCCUAAGUCAGUUACAGAAUUAAGACUAAACAGGUUGCUCUCUCAGCCCUACAGCUCCAUGGUGGUUAUUCAAGGAUACUAUACCAAGCCUACUAAUGAUAACGACAUGACGUAUUAUGGUAAUGAGGAUCAUAAUAAUAAUUGUAAUAUUAACAAUAUGAAGGAGAUCAAGAAAAAGGAUGGCAUAGGAGCGAGAGCUGUGCUGCAUAAUAUGUGUGACAAACAGGUGCAGUUAGAUUACAAUAAAAAAUGUCUGCCUCUUUGGAACGGUGUAAACAACACUAAAUAAAUUAUAAGUAAUAGCAGUCUGUUCCAAUGAACAUAAAAAUCUAAAGCCUUUAUUACAGUAUAGCAAAGAUUUAAAAAAUCUGAAUGUGAAAUUGCUUCAUCCAACAUUUUACCGUUGCAUGAGGCUCGGUGCUCACGGAAUUAGGAGGCUAAUAAACAGAACUCAAACAGGCAACAGAAGCAAGGUCUGUCUUAUUUCUGUAGCUAUAAAAGGAUGAUAUGUAAAGCCAGGCACAUUUAACAGUUAGGCUUUUGAUUAUAGACCGAAUUAAGUUGGUUUCCCCUCUCCUCAAUUUCCUUAGACAAUUAGGCUAAGGCAAGGGCUGUUUCCUCAUCUCUGCUGCUGCUGCCUCCGUCACAUUGUUCUCAUUCUCAAUAUGCUUGUUAACUUUGCUAAUAUGCACAUAGCAACAUAGGGAAAGGCGCCAAUUCUAAGGCGCACUGAAGAUUAUGUUUCAGACCCGCAGACUGCGACCGUAUCCAAUGCGUUGUUAUGAGAUAAUAUUAAAUUUAUUAGUGUUGCCCCAUUAUGUUUACAUAAUAUAACCAUACACAAUUUCAGUAUCACAUGCCUUAGUGAUGGACUGUGCCCAUGGCCGCCGCAAUGGAUUAGUCCACUGAGACAGGCGCGAAUCAGAACGUAGUCUUGUGCACCAUGAACAUUUUUUAUUGUGACUGCUAGAUUUAAGAAAUCUCUGUCGACCAACAGCCUAUCAACCAAACAACCAACCAGUUGACUAAAUGGGGUCAGCCCUACUGAAGAGCUAUAUUCUGAUGUUUUUCAGCGCAAUGUAAAGUUUUUAUUAGUCAGUAUAACAAUGUAACGUUAUUGAUCUGUCAGUUUCCCUAGUUAAUUCCCUACUUUUCACACUGACACGUACUAAACAGCUCUACAGGCUUCACUGUCAUGAUGCACUGUCAGUAGACAACACUAUGCAUAUCAUGUCUUAGCAGGAUCAGAUGGCAGACCAGUCUACGGCGCUCAGGUGAAUUUUGCAGUAUAUUAUAACAAUCAGUGAAUGAUACAAAGAUCCAUCUUGAGUUGAUAGGUAGGUUACAGUCUGGGAUCUGGGAAUAAUGGUCAUUUCAAUUAUUGAACCGUUGAUUCUCUUCUUGGUUAAUAUGUAUAAAUCUACAUCAAGGUAAUUCCUUGUCAUGCCUCAUCUGAGCAGGAUGAGAUGGUGUCAUGGGUCUCAUCAGGGCCAGACACCCAGGGAAGGCCAGUCAGCGAUGACGCAGAGGUAAACUUUUGCAGACACAACACUUUAUUAUCUCUGUGCAGCAAUGACUGGAAAAACAAGAAGCUUCAAAGAUUGUUGAUUUCCAAACUGUAUCACCGGUUGAUAGAGGCUUUUCCCGAUAACACAAAACAUGUCAAACAGAAAUGUGAAGACCUAAGAGACACUACUGAUGAUGAUGAAUGCAUGCAGAUAUGUUGAGUUCCCAGUCCUGUUCUUUAAAUCUGAGACAUAAAGGACUGCACUUUAAGACCAUCCAUAGAACGUUCUAUAUGCCAAGGAAACUGAAUAUCACGCACUCAGAAAUAUAAUUAUUCUGCUCAAGGUGUAAAGCACAAAAAGGGACAUAUUUGCAUAUGUUAUGUUCUUGUCAAGGCUGGCUGAAUUCUGGAAAAGAGUAUGUUAUUUCAGCUCAGCAUUUCUACAGAUUCUCCCUUCUCCCUGUUUGGAAAUGUUGAUACUGGAGAUUGUUGUCCGAAGAACAUUUAUAGCGGCUAAGAAAUGCAUUGUCAUUAAUUAGAAGGUUGGUUAUCCUCCCACAAUGGAUGGAAUGAAUGUUAUACAACACUAGAUUAGAUGUUUUACCAGAUUAAGGGUAUACUGUGCAACUUUCAUAAAGUCUGGAUGCCUUAUAUGGAAUACUGUACGACAAAAGCAGUCUGUAUUGAAAACAUGCCCAAAUCAGGGGAGAUAUUUAUUUAGGCAAUCCCUAGCUUCUGGGCUGCUCAGUCUUGGCCCUUGGGGUCUGCUGUACUGUUGGUUGUCACUCUGGCCUUGACCUAACACACCCGAAUCCAAUAAUGAAUGUUUCACUAAGAUCCUGAGUGGGGUGUGUUGGGUUGGGGGGCUGCAGGGCCAUGGACCCCUACGAGCAGGGAGGGUUGACCCAGCUAUAUUGUGUGCAGGUAAAAAGAGCUCUACACUACUAUUAGCCCUAUGAUAUGUAUUAUAUGGAGGGUGUACUGUUUCUGUGUGUUAAUAUGUAGGUGUAUGUGGGUUUUUAUUUAACUUAUGUUUUCCAAACCUUUCCCUUGAGACAUAAAAACAAGAACAAAAAAGAUGGGCAGAUAGUUGAGUUAUUGACUAGACUGGUAGGGGUCGGGUUUGCAGGCGGCUCGGGCUGCCUGGGCGGUCCGGCGGAAAUUUGAUACAGAGGAUGUCUUAAUAAAGACAAUCAAAAGUCUUUGUACAUUAUUUGUAAGAGUUGUUAGGCUAUUGGUUAAAGGUGCACCACAAUAUUUAUUAUUGAAUUAUCAUUGAUCUAGUUCAGUCUUGUCAAUAACAUAAACAUAUUUAAUAAUGAUCUCUUACCUAGCUUGAUGACUGUGGGCCUUUUUGCUUACUUUUUGUUGUUCUAAAUAGAGACGGCAACAAGAGGGGUCAUAUUAGAUUGUGUAGAAAUGCAUGAAAUAAGCUUAGAUGCCCCUAAAAAUGGGAGGACCCCCAGACCCCCUGCCAAGUUGUCCUCCCCAUGUAUAAAAUCAAAGUUGCGCCCCUGCUCAAUACUUUAUCUAUGUGAAUAAUGACAAUACUGUUUUUAUGAAGAAGUUAAUCUUAGUACAAAUCAGUUAAAUUAAUUCAGGCCAUAAUGACGCUGAAUACCAAUGUUGUGAUACUGUGUUCCAUGAUGAUGCAGAAUGUGCAUGAUAAACUUUGAUGCUUUGUAUAUUUUUUGGGUUGCGUGUUUGUUUUUUAUUUUUGCUUUGCUUUAGUUUUGAAGAGACUAGGAGCUCUAUUCAAUCCGUAUCGCAGAAGUUCAGCGUUGCAGUGUGAUUGAAAUUUAAAGGUAAUGUUCGCGCGUUAGCAUUCACGGUAUUCACUGCAUAUGUCGGCUCAAUCGUAAAUCACUUUUACAUUUAUAUCAUGCAAUCUGAUUUAUGAACUGAUACAUAAAACGACGCUGGAUUCAAAACAUACAGUUUUUCAAUUAAAAUGAUUAUACAAAAUUCUUGCAACUAAUAGAAUGUUUUAUAUGUGAGCGACACAACCAUCCCAGCUCUGCAGAUUCUGCUGUGAAGAGACAGAAACAUUAGAUCAUUAGUUUUGGUACUGUCCAUAUGUAGCUUGUUUUUGGUCGCAGGUUCAGGAAUGGCUGAAGAAUUGCAACAUUUUCCUGGAGCUAACUCUGCAAAUAGCACUGCUGGGUGAUUUGAAAAAGCAUCAUCAAUCGAUCAAUAAUAUAAUAAUACUCUUAGCAACAUUUUUUAUCUUUAAUUUACAAUCUGUAGAAACUAUGGGAAUAGAAAGGUUCAGAACUUUUGUGGAACAUCACGGCACAGUGGAAAAAUGUGGUGUUCAGAGAUAGAUGGAAGGGGUUGAGUGGAGCUGAAGUGUGGGACUUAAUAUAACAAGAUAACUCAUGUAAAAUAUACUGUGUCCGUAAAUGUAUAUAGGCUCAAAACCUUUGUGAAACAGCACAAUGGAAAAAUCUAGAAAUCAAUACUGGAUGGUUUUCAGAGAUCGAUGGGAGGGGUUGAGGGUAGCUGAAGGAUGGGACUAAAAACAAACAAAAGAUAACUAUUGUAAAAUAUACUGUGUCUGUAAAAUGUAUAUAGUGUGUAUAAACUGGAAGUAGAAGCAUAAGUGUUGUUGUCCAUUAGUUUACUCCAAUUAGGAGAGGGGUGGUUAGGGGAAAAUAAUAAAGACAUUAAAAAAACACUUCAGCGAUACAGAUUCAACAGAGUCCUAGCUUGAUUUCUGAAGACCUUGUGAAAACUACCGCUGAAGAUAUCGAUGAUGUUGACAAAGAUGAUAUGAUGAUGAAUAUCAUGAUGAUCAUGUUGGUGAGAGGAAGAUGCUUCUUAUUAGGCAUGUAUGCAUGUGGAUGAAAACGGAGAAGGAGUGGAGUGGUCAAGCUACAAGAUUUGUGCUUUUGUAAUUAAGCGAAACACAUUGGAUUUAUUGCAAUGUUUUACAUAUAAAAUCAAUGAAAAACAUGAUUUUGAAGGGUUGUCGAUGUAAAAGUUUAGAUGUUAAUAAAAGCCUUUAUUUUUAAUAA